UAUAAAUAAAUAAAUGUAAAAAAUAUUGAAAAAACAAUUAAAUUAAGUAAUAAACACAUCUAAAUUCUAAAUUAUAAUGACGGAAGAAGUAGACGAUAAAGCCAGCGGUGAUGUCGUAUCAGAGGCUUCAGAGCACAAAUCAGUUAUUCCUGAACCGGAACCCGUCAAGGUUCCCGAUGUAGAACUAACCGUUGAUGGCUUCGGUUUCAUGCCUAAACAGGUGCCCAUAGAUCAAACUAAAAAAAAUGGUCGCAAGAAAUCGAAAGAAUUAAAAGAGAUCAUGACCCCGGAAGCUGUAACUAGUCCUUGUGCAUCAAGUAGUAAUAUAGACGUUGUUAGGAGGUUCACUUGGAAAACGAAAAACAGGAUGAUAGUCCAGGUGAUCACUUAUGGUGCGACAAUUACGACUAUACAAGUACCAGACAAGAAAGGUGUCCCAGAUGACGUCAUCGCUGGUUUUGAGACUCUUGAAGAAUACUUUCAACCUCGCAACCCGUAUUUCGGUGCUACUAUCGGACGAUACGCAAACAUUAUCCGCAACGCCACGAUGUCUGUCCGGCCAAUGGGAAGGAUGUACAUGUUGUCCUCUAAUUUGGGGCCCAAUCACUGCAAUGGCGGUUAUGUAGGAUUUGAUAAGGUGAACUGGCGGUCACACGUUGUGGGCAACAAAGUUUACAUGAGCCACGUAUCUGAUCGGUUUCACGAGGGUUACCCGGGCACUGUGAUGACGCAGCUCUGCUUCGAAGUCACCUGCGACAACACAAUCAACAUUGAAAUGAAGUGCACGACAACGGAACCGACAAUCAUUAACCUUAGUAACGCACCGUACUUCAAUCUAGCCGGACAUCAUCGAGGCGCGGAGUCGAUGUACGAUCACAUAAUCACUGUUAAUGCUGAUAAAUACACGCAAGUCGACGACGAAGGAUUGGUUACUGGAGAGAAAAAGGUUGUCGGUGGUACGGCAUUUGACUUCCGAGUUCCGCGCUGCUUGAAGGCAAUGUUGCCGAAAAUACCCAAAGGAGGGUACGAUGUCAACUUCUGCAUUACUCAGGCCACUGCACAGGAUUUGACCUUCCACGCCAGAGCUCUUCAUCCGGACACUGGGCGUGUGCUAGAAGUGUACAGCAACCAGCCAGGUCUGCAGUUCUACACGGGGAACCGACUACCGGAUCCGGACAGAAUAGUUGCGGCUUUGUCUGGAGGAGAGGAAGAAGGAGCGGAGCAGAGCGAGAGCGAGGCGAGUGCUGAGGACGAGGAGGAAAGAACUACCGCCCAGGAUAUUGCGGAUGGACGAGAGGGCAAAGAGCAUUACGGUUAUGUCCCGUUGGCCGGGAAAGGAGGGACGUUUUACAAAAAACAUGGACUUUUCUGUUUACUGCCACAAAAUUAUCCAGAUGCGAUCAAUCAUAAAAAUUUCCCAAACUCUGUACUGAACCCUGGCGAAGUCUACAUCCACAAAAUACAAUACAAGUUUGGAAUUUUACUUGGAAAAUAUGUAUGAGGGACUGGAUUUUGAUAUUUUUGUGUUGUUUUAUAAAAUGAAAUAAAAUAUUUGAGAAAUAUA